AUCCUUCGAUUCCAGCGAGCUGACAGGACCGCGGGAAUUGGCCGGACGGUGGCAAAAAAGCUGACAGCUGACAUGGAAGGGGAUCCUUCGGUGUGUACGCGUAGGCUCGACCUACCUUUAAUUAUAACCUUCCGUGUCGGCCAUCCGAAGAUUCAGCGGGGGGACACCUCGGCAGCUGCCGCGCAGGUUCACACGGACGGACUCGCCUUUCUUUCCUUGCCCCGACGCGCGAUCGGCGUCGCCGAGAGCGAAUUCCCCGCAUCAAAGACUACGCGUCGCCGUCAACCCGCCGCAGGCCAGUAGGUCACAGGUUUGCAUCUUCCAGCCCCUUCCGGAGCCCCCACUCGGGCUCUCACUGACGGGCACCUUUAGUUUCAGGGCACAGCCAAUCACUCCGCCUUUUCAGCCACCGGUCUGGUCGGUCGGCGACGGUUGGGACCGGAGGGAGGGAGGGAGGGAGGAGCGAUGGAGCCCCUGGAGGCGGCGAUAGCGAUCGUGUUCAACGCGCUGCUGCUGGUGUUCAUGGUGAAGCUCUUCUUCGCCAUGUUCCAGAUGAAGCUCGUCGUCAUCCUCUUCUACCUCGUCGUCGUCCUCUUCGCCCUCGCCUUCUCCGGCCGCGGCCCCGCCGGCUUCUAGGGUCUAUCGGAAAGAGAAUCCAGUACAUCUUGGUCCUGAAUAUCAGAAUAGGAUGAACAAACCAGCCUCCUGUGGAUAUCUUUGCUUUGGAACAAAACCUUGUAAUAAAAUAGAUUGUCCCAAAGGCCCUUAGGAUUAACUCGGUCUGACAUAUUAAGUAGAAACAAGUGUGUUUUGUCAUAUAAUGAAUUUAGAUUGCUUUAGAAUUGGUCAGAUUCAAAGAGAUGCCACUUAAUCAUUAACAAGUGCCAACAUGUUUUUUGUUUGGAUAUAUGCAUGUCAAAACUCAUAUUUGUGUGUUUCCUCGGUUAGGUUAUCAGAUUCUUUUUUAGUAUUGAUGCUUUUAACAUUUCAGACAACGUGAUACGAAAUGCUCAGCCUAGAGCUUACUGAUUGUUGUGAUCCUAGAUUAUUAAUAUUGUGCUCUCAUUAUCUUGAUUUUUCUUCUUUGAAAAGGUGGUAUCAUCAACUGGGGUUUUGCGUCCCAUUAUUUAGAUUAAGGAAUAUUAGGCGAAGGUGGCAUACAACAUUAUGCAAACACAAACCUGAGAGUACAAAUGACAAAUCAUCCACAAAUAGAAAAACUCUAAUAGAACUCCUUAAAAGGACUAACGUUUGCCCCGCGAAGAAAAAAUAAUGUUCGUUUGCUAGAGAAUACGAAUUCUAUAUCGCCGUUGGUAAACAGAAGGUCUGUCUCGCCAAGGUGCUAGGCGGGUUUGGAGUCACGGAUGGGAGGGCCCUUAUAAGCUAUAGAAAGGCAUCUUCUGGCAUGACAACUGGCAAGGUCGGGGUGCUUCCCCGCCACUACACUCGACUCUUUGGCAUUGCAACCCGAAAAUAUAGGACAACGCAUUGUAUAGACUCACUCGGUGACAAGAUUAUAAACAUACCUAAGUAGACUCGGGAGUUCAUUGCCUUGGCCACCGUCAUCGACUUCGUUGCUCUUAACCCCAGUUGGCGGAACGCCAUCACCUGGAUUUGGAACUCUAGCGGACAAUACUCCUCUUGCUUUGCCUACUUGGCACAAUUCAUCGGUGUCACCAAAAAUUCUCAGCGGAGAAGAUUUGAAGAGCCCAUGUGGAAUGGAAAUGUAGACUCUUCUAUGGGCUUGUCCUCCAUGGUAAGAUUCUCACCAUGGACCAGUUGGUGCAACAGGGUUGACUACUUGACCCCAUCUGCCACCUUUGCCUUAGGGCCGUGAGACUGUGCUCCACCUAUGUCAGGAUUGCCUCUUCACGAUCACCGUCCACCACCAGGUGCUUGCUUGGGUGGAUAACGAUGUCCCUCCGGAGUCGCCCUUCACCUACCAACAAUAGAUGCUUGGUGGGAUGGCAUUUUGCAUCAUAUAGAUAGUAACCAUAAGCGGAGGCGCAUGAGACAGCUUAUAUACAUCAUGUGGAAUGCCUGGAAAAAGAGGAACCGAAGAAUCUUCAACGCCAUGAGUUCAAUAAAUAUACGUGCAUUGAGGUGGCGCACCUGACUUUUGAGUAUAAUAUCAUACUAGCUAUGAUGGUUCUUAUGCUUAAAUUGAUUCAGUUCUCAGCCUAACGUGGCAAAGCUAACUUUACGUACUAUACUAAUUUUACCGUCCAAAGUAAAACGGAAGAUUAAAAUGGUUCUGACAGUAGCGAUAUAAAAGCAGAGGAAUUAAUCAAGAUGCGACCGUCACUCGCGUGCUACAAUUCUCACGUGAAGACUGCAACACGAACAUCCUGAUUAUCUGGAAAACUUGAGCCAUAGUUGCUAAAAUCGCAAUAGUUGCAUUUCAAAAAUUAAGGAACACAAGCGUGGUACUCCUGCCAAUGCUGGCCACAAGUUAAGGCAGGGGAUGUGGUCAUCGUUCAUGUAUGUAUCAACGUGCAAUAUCUGUUUGAUUGCACGUUUUGUAUUGUAUAGGACGUACUCCUACUUCUAUAGAUUUCCCAAGUCCCAACAUAUGUAUGUAGUGCUUCCUUGGGCCUGGUUUGUUCGUGCAACAGUUUCGAGUCUUGCGUUUAAAGCUCGACUGUCUCAACGUGGUCAAGACGUUUCUUCUUUCUUUUCAUUCCCUCAAGGAAGAGAGGAUUUCAUUGUUGAUUACUCAAGAUUUCUAGAACCUCGAGCACUCAAGUGGUCGACAUAACAUGGAAACAAAAUGAGCGCCAAAUAACACUACCUAAAAGAACAGAUCCGUAGAGAAACAAAAGCUACUACACAGCUCGUACACAUUCACGUUUGGAAUAGGGGAAUCAACCUUAGAGGUUAUUGUCAUUCGGCAGCUGUAGUUUUCACGUUAUGACUUUAGACUGUAACAUGAAUAGCUCCGUAUUUUGAAGGAGUUAACCAGAAUUGGUAAAGUUGAAAGCUACUAAGUACAUUUUACAAAUUACACAAGCUUAAAGUUAGAGCUCACUCCUUCGCCUGCUCUGUUGGUCUCCAUGAUUCCUUCCGAUUGUCGUCACUCCUCUUCUCGCUCUUGUCAACUGCGGGAACUGAGGAGGAGUGCAAGCAGAGAAACAACCUACAGCGUCAAACUCCCACCGGUCAUCAUAUAUUACAUCCUUGUAUGUCAAAUUAUCGACAUGUCUCGAAGAUUACAUCAUAUCAUCUCACACUGCAUACCUUGCAAGUUUAACUAGGCAGGGUCGGAUCUGAGAAAACAUGGGCCUGAUGUGAAAUAAAAAAAUAGGCCCUCGAUAUCGUCAUGGGUAGUGUCAUUCACAUGAACCUCAUUAGUACUAGUAUUUGUACUUCCAUUUUUACAAGAAAUAUUUGAUUAUUUUGCUUAAACUUAUGAAGGCGCCUUUUAUGAAGAAAUAUUUGAACCUCAUUAGUCCUUGAAUCCUUCUUUUUUGUAUAUUUUUUAUAUCAGGAGUUCAUGACCGUGCUAGAAAAACAUUAAAGAAAAAGAACUAAGGAACCAAUAUCAUGCAGUAAAAACAUACCAUUAUGAGCCAAUAUCAUGUAGUAAAAUGACUAAGGAACCGAAAACCUACCAUCACCAAAGAUUUGCAUAGUAGCACUACGCUCUGAGCUUCUUGCGUGCAAUCUUGCCCUCGUGAUGUUGGUCUUCUCG